CUAAUAAUCUGAUUAGGGCGUGAAAAUUAGAAAAAUUAAACCAAACCAGCCACUGAAACUGGCACCUACGCUCAAACCGUCGGCGACCUGUCUACUUGUUCUUCCUUUGUCAACACCGUAGGCAGGCGGGGGGUGGGUACAGGGGUUCUGGGCAUAGCAACAUAUGAACUCUGGAAGUGUGGAAGUAGAAGAGGUGAGCAAUCUGCGUUUCUGGAAUAUUUGGCCAACGAACACCCUCCAAAAUCAAGACUCUGUUGGUGUUGGGAUAGAGAUGGAAGCAGGGAGUCAAAUGCCGGAGACGAAAUAUGCUGCUGAUAUUUCCUCUAUAAAGGAAGCGCAAGCACGCAUCGAGCCAUUCGUGCACAAAACUCCGGUCUUGACCUCGGAAUCCCUCAAUGCUCUUUCAGGAAGACGCCUUUUUUUCAAAUGCGAAUGUUUACAGAAGGGUGGCGCUUUCAAAUUCAGAGGCGCUUGCAAUGCCGUGUUUUCACUUGAUGAUGAUCAGGCUGCUAAGGGGGUUGUAACACACAGCAGUGGUAACCAUGCUGCAGCAUUGUCUUUGGCUGCAAAACUACGGGGGAUCCCUGCAUACAUAGUUAUACCAAAAAAUGCUCCCAACUGCAAAGUUGAGAAUGUCAUUCGUUACGGUGGUCAGGUUAUCUGGAGUGAGGCCACUAUGCAGUCAAGGGAAAGUACAGCAGCUAAGGUGUUGCAUGAAACUGGCGCACUUCUUCUCCAUCCUUACAAUGAUAGGCGCAUAAUAAGUGGGCAGGGUACCAUUUCACUGGAGCUUCUGGAGCAACAAGUUCCGCAGUUAGACGGCAUUAUAGUACCCAUAAGCGGAGGUGGCUUGAUAUCAGGGGUGGCUUUGGCCGCCAAGUCCAUCAACCCCGCGAUUCGAAUUUUUGCAGCUGAACCUGAGGGUGCUAACGAUGCAGCUCAAUCCAAAUCAGCUGGGAGGAUAAUAACAUUGCCUGAGACCAACACUGUUGCAGAUGGGCUUCGAGCUUUUCUUGGAGACCUUACUUGGCCCAUUGUGAGAGAUCUUGUCGAUGGCGUUAUAACUGUAAAUGACGAGGAGAUAAUAAAUGCUAUGAAACUCUGUUACGAGAUUUUGAAGGUUGCAGUAGAACCCAGUGGAGCAAUAGGCCUUGCUGCUGUUUUGUCCAAAAGUUUCAAGAAAAAUUCUGCUUGGAAGGAUUGCAGCAACAUCGGAAUUAUACUUUCUGGAGGUAAUGUAGAUCUAGGCAUCCUAUGGGAUGCCUACAAAAAGUGAAGUCUAAAUUACUUUGUUCUUGUCUGCAAACUCUCUAUUUCCCUUAAUACUGAUACUUGUUCUUCGGAAAUUGAAACGAAAAACCUUCACACUUUUCAUGUAUCAUGCACGGUAGCCGCUAAUUUGCUUUACGUGAGUAGUAUUCUCAAUUAACAGCUUUAGAACUCUCUCUCUGCUUCAAAAGUUCAAGAAACGAAAUUCAUGAAUACCUGUUUAAA